GGUGUUUCUUUUGCUUAGGAUUCUAUGAAGGAGGCGGGAAAAGAGGAAGGCGGAGGUGGACUAUUUAAAGGGAGCGAGUGAGUGAGGAGCAACGAGAUGUGAGAUCUAAAGAGGAAACGUGAGCAUCAAAGUGAGGAGGCCAGGUGUGAACUGAGUACCAUGGCGGACUGUCAGAACCGUCUGCGAGUGCAACGAGGCCUCACCUUCGUCACGGGCCUGGUGGAGUGUCUGUGUUUUGCGGGGAUCGUAUUCGGGUGGGCUUCUCUCGUUUUCGUCCUCAAGGAAGAGGACUACUUUGUCUCCUUCUGCGUCAACGCCACCAGUGUCAAUGGCUCGCAGUUCUUAGAUUGCGGCGGACAGGACGAACAGUUCUCCCUGGUCUUCACCAUUGCAUCCUUCAGCAAUAAUUUCCUCACUCUGGUCAGCGGCUUCAUCUUCGACCACCUUGGCACCACCGUGGCUCGGCUCUUGGGAAUAGGUUUCCACACCAUGGGUACCUUGAUGAUGGCGUUCUCAAGUUCAGCUCUAUCUGUCCUGCUUUUCCCCGCUCUGUCCUUCAUUUCUGUGGGUGGAAUCAUGCUGCUCAUCACCAACAUGCAGGUGGGUAACCUUUUUGGCACUCGCCGUUCCACCAUCAUCACGCUUUACAACGGGGCCUUUGACUCUUCCUCAGCACUCUUCCUCGUCAUCAAGUUGCUCUACGAGUCUGGCAUCUCUCUGCAUGCCAGUUUCCUGUUCGUGUCUGUCUGCAGCAUCAUUCACGUGCUCAGGACUCUCUUCCUGUUGCCCAAAACCUUCAUACCAUACCCUCUGCCUGACCACUACACAUACGGGCUAUCCUGCAGCAAACUCAGGACUUCCAAGCAGUCGAUGAAUGUGAGCUCUCAGAAGAUUGAAGAGGAAGAGACAUUUGACUGCAAAGCACCUGUAACACCAGAAAAAAGUUUCCGUGAGUGUAUUCUUUCCCGAUUGUUCAUAUGGCACCUAAUUUGGUUGUCUGUGAUCCAGUUGAGACAUUAUCUGUUCAUCGGCACCCUCAACCCCACGCUGCAAAUGUUGACUGAUGGAGAGCCCUCACUGGUGAGCCGGUACAUCAACGCCUUUGCGUUCACACAACUGUGCGGGGUGCUGUGUGCUCCCUGGAACGGACUCAUCAUGGACAGACACAAGCGCAAACCGCGGGUGAAAGGAAUGAGUGAACAAGAAGCAGAUCUGAAUUCUUCAAUUCUGUCACUCCUCCUGACGUCGGUGAUGGCGUUGGUGUUCUCCGUUUGUGCCGCCAUACCAAUCUUGCCCCUGCAGUACUUCACCUUCAUUGUGCAAGUAAUCAAUCGCUCCUUCCUGUACGGUGGAAACGCAGCUUUCAUCAGCGUGGCUUUCCCAUCACGUCACUUUGGGAAGCUAUACGGCCUCGUCAUGGCGGGGUCCGCAAUCAUCUCCUUACUGCAGUAUGCCUGCUUCGCCUUGGUAAAGUCGGUUCUGCACGGAGAUCCUUUAUAUGUGAACAUCGCUCUGACGCUGCUCAUCCUGCUCGCCUUUAUCCACCCCAUGUUUGUCUUUUUGCACUGUCGAAACCUGGCGUCCCAGCGAGCUAAGAACCAGUCUGAGUAGCGGGAAAAAUAUAAGCCAAUGACAACAUGCUCACUCAUCGGUGGUGCUGACAAUUGCAAUUGCCGUCAGAAAGCUUUAUUUUUUGCCACUGUGGCCAGUAUACAUACUGUAUUGUACUUUCCAUAGUAAGUUUUCAACACAGGAGCAUAUGGUCAGAUAAGCCUCUUCACAUGGAUAUUGCAUAAUGUUUACGUAUAGAAAACAAAGAAGAAAGGUUUCAAGAUCUGUGGAGUGUCCACUACACCAGAGGUUCUUAAUCUUUUUGACCUCGGGGCCCAACCUUUCUACUACAAAUAUUAACACUGAAUUAGUCAUUUUACUCGUGGUUUUAAUCGUAUUCAAAAAAUAUAUGUUAAACCUACUUACAGUUUAGCAGAUAAACAUUGUCAAAUGAUAUGAAGCCACCUGUUAAUCACAAGUAUUAUUAUUUAUUUAACACAUAAGCCUGAAGCUUAAGUCUGACUGACUACAAAAAUAAGUACUAACCAAAUAUAAUGCGUAAGAAGGGACUCUUGAAUAAAUUUACAUACAUUUGUGGUGUGGUGAAAUAAAUAAAGUACUGUAAAUUAAUAAUUAAUAUGUUUCUUAACUAAACUGUCAAAACAAAAUUAAAUACAGCUUCACCACUACAGUUAUGUUUGCGCUUAAGAAACAUCUAUGACUUAACGUAUUUUUCAGGCCAUAAUGCGCACUUAAAAUCCUUUCAUUUUCUCAAAAAUUUAACAUACGCCUUAUAACCCGGUACGCCUAAUGUAUGUAUUCAUUCUGGUUGUGCUACAUCUCUUUUAAUUGUUUUUUUGCCAUGUAAACACACAUAUCCAUACACAGUUGACAUACUCUUUUUAUUGAUAUUUUGUAGUGAUUAUCAUGAUUACAAACAUAUAAAUAUAUAUAUAUACAGGUAUUUAUAUAUAUAUAUAUAUAUAUGUAUAUAUAUAUAUAUAUAUAUAUAUAUAUAUAUAUACACUUUUUUUUUUUACUUCUAUUUCACCGUCUGGAGCUUGUUAGACAGCCUACUGGUCACUAAACACCACAUGAAUGAAUACAGCAUCAAAUACGGCUGCAAAAGUAUAUUCUGAGCAAAUAAAAGCAUGUUUUAUUGUACGUUUAUGAGCUGGAGUAUGUUUAAAACUAUAUUUGGACAUAUUAUUAUGAUAUUCGUGACAAAAAAAGACAUCGUCAGAACGACCGCAAUGCAUGCUUCCGGUAACAGCCGCACACAUACUUGGUGGCAAACAUGGUGCCUCUUGUUUAGUUGGCCAUACAGUCUGAAAUGUAGGUGUGGACAGCAAGUUGACGCCUGUUCAAUAAAUGACGCUAGGAAGUAACAAGCAAGACCAAAACUUUGAUGUUUCAAUGGGAAUAUAGAACAUUACAGCGCUUUAGUACAACGUCGGUAAGCUACGAAGCCGCACCGAUUGUCGGAGCCUUACGGCUACAGUAGUCAGACGUACUGUGCUUCAACAUACGGGUAUUAUCAUGACGUGUGUAUAAGUACCCCAAAAUGCCACGUAUUAGGAGACAGAUUAUCUGACGUUUGGUUUCACAAUAUUAUGCAAAACCAACUUUUCUUACUUACUGGUACCUGCUGAUGCACAUUUGGCAUCUGCAUAUGGACCACAGCUGAGAAACAAAUAUUUUUUGGCGGUCUUCUAAGGGGCUCUCGGUUAAGAAACACUGCACUAGACCCCCGAGCAAUGCUGCUGUAUUGGAAAUAAAUAAUAGGAAGUCAGUGUUUUUUACAUUACUUCAGAAUGUAUAAUUGAUCCCGGGUUACUGUUUAACUCAACAUGGGCUAGGUGAUAUUUAAGUAGCUUUAGAAAUUAUUUUUAUAUGGUAUUUUUGUGUGAUUUAGCAACAACGUAGCUACAGCAAAGCACUAACAUUUUUCCAUCAGGAGUGUCGUUGAGGUAUUUUGGUCAAUAUAAAAAUUAUUAUGGACAUUGAGUGGCCAUAAAAUGCAAGUAAGGUUUUUUUUGUUUUUUUUUAAAGCAGUUUGGGCGGGUAAAAUGAAGAGUCCAAAGAACCUGAGUUAUUUGCCAGUUACAUGCCUGUUAUUUGGAGCGACAACAGAACAGUGUCAACUAGGAUGACUCAGCACUGCCAUCCAAGGGCCAGAGCGAGGAACAAAUGUGGCAAGUCCACAUAAUGACCUGCUCAAUGAAAGUUGCAUUAUUUUGUUUAAAACAUGUAUUUUUGCAUUUAAAGGAAUAUAAGGGGAUAUAAAUGACUGGAAAUAUGUUGACAAGUGUGGUUCUUUAGUCUUUGCUCUGAUGGGGAUGAUAUCGAACUGUAAUUAUGAGCACUAAUCUUUCAACGGAUUGGGUUGGUAUUCAACACAGACACAAUAUUCCUGUAUUUUAAGGGUCCCUAAACAUACCACCACAGACUGUUAGGGGGUGUGAAACUUCAAAUGAACCAUUAUAAUAUCUGAGUUUUGUGUAUACCGUAUUUUUCGGACUGUAAGGCGCAUUUAAAAUCCUUUCAUUUUCUCAAAAAUCGACAGUGAAGUAAAGUGAAGUGAAUUAUAUUUAUAUAGCGCUUUUCUCCAGUGACUCAAAGUACUUUUACAUAGUGAAACCCAAUAUCUAAGUUACAUUUAAACCAGUGUGGGCGGCACUAGGAGCAGGUGGGUAAAGUGUCUUGCCCAAGGACACAACAGCAGUGACUAGGUUGGCAGAAGCGGGGAUCGAACCUGGAACCCUUAAGUUGCUGGCACGGCCACUCUACCAACCGAGCUAUACCGCCUUAUAACCUGGUGCGCAUAAAGUACGGAAUGAUACUGGUUGAGCUUACUGACCUCGAAGCAAUUUUAUUUGGUACAUGGUGUAAUGAUAAGUGUGACCAGUAGAUGGCAGUCAUACAUAAGAGAUACGUGUAGACUGCAAUAUGAUGGCAAUAAACAACACCAAAACGUUAAAUGUUCCAUUGAAAAUAUAGAACAUUACACACGGCGCUCAAAAAUAUGUCAAAAUGUUUUUAGUACGACUUCGGUAAACUAUGAAGCCACAUUGCUUAAUGGAUUGUCGGCGCAUUAAACAUACGAGUAUUAUUAUGAUUCAUGUGUAAGGACCGCAAAAUGGCACCUAUUAGCAGACAUUAUCUGGCGUUUUGUUUCGCAAUAUUAUGCAAAACCAACUUUUCUUACCUUCUGGUACCUGCUGAUCUGUAUUUGGGGUCUGCAUAAGUCCUAAAAAUUUGAGCGCACAUCCGCCACUGUAGUCCGUGCUGAUACCGUAGUCGAUAAGCUUCUUCUUUUUCUCUAUCUUCUUGUUAUGGGACAUUCACCCUCUGCUGUUGCCAUUUCUAAUAUAAAGUAGUGUAAAGUUCUUACUUAUAUCUGUCAGUAGACUGGCUAUCGAAGCGCUAAAAACUGUAUCGAGUUUACAUAAUUCACUCACGGAACUUUAGUUAUUAGAGGCUUCUGGUCGGACGGUUUUUGCGGGCGUUGUUGUUGCACUAGUGAGCCACGGAUGAGGAGAUGCUGCUCCGUUAUUGAUAGAAGUAAAGUCUGAAUGUCAUUAGCGCCAUCUUUUGACACUUCUUCCACUCCCGUCCUUGCACGCUACACCGCUACAACAAAGAUGACGGGGAGAAAAGACGCUGUCGAAGGUGAGCCACGUAAAUAAGACCGCCCACAUCCUGAAGCGACUGUCAGAAAGUGACUUGAAGAUGAUCUGUAAAACAUCAUCUAUGCAACAUUUUGACCGAAGAACCACCAUUACAUGUUAUGUAGACCACAAGGAAGUGUUUUACAUUUCGAAAAAAAUCACAAUAUGACCCCUUUAAUGCGCCUUAUAAUCCGAUGCGCCUUUUGUAUGACAAUAGACCUGACUAGACCCGCUCAUCGGCAGUACGCCUUAUAAUCCCUUGCGCCCUAUGGUCCGAAAAAUACGGUAGAUAAUAAUAAUUAUAUGUAAUAAUGUUAGAAUAAUUAUGUGUAAGUUAUGACACAACUCUUAUGCUUAAAGGCCGUUGCUAUAGUUAUUAUCAAUUGUGCUGAAGUUGUACUUUUCUAUCGGUGCAAAGGGACAACUUGCAAUCUUGGAUUGCGAGUGCUCUCGUAUCAGUGUUAUCGUCCAGACCCGGCCUGCUGACUGCCAAGGGCGAACAUCAAGUACCGUGACGCAGACAAAGCAGAGACAGGGCGCUAUCACGAGUGUCAGCACAUUUCCAUUUCUGAAUAAUCAUAUAUUGUGUCUAACUGGGGCUGCUGAAAUUACCCCCCUUCCUUCAGAAGCAGCCUCAGUGAUGUAACCAGGGAUCUCUCUAAAUAGAGGAGCACGUGGGACUGUACCUUAGAGCAGUGGCCCCCAACCUUUUUGUAACUGCGGACCGGUCAACGGACCGGGGUGGGGGGUUUUAUUUUUAUUUGUCAUAAAAAAAAUACAAUCAUGUGUGCUUACGGACUGUAUCCCUGCAGACUGUAUUGAUCUAUAUUGAUAUAUAUAGGAACCAGAAAUAUUAAUAACAGAAAGAAACAACCCUUUUGUGCGAAUGGUAGAGGGAAUUUUUUUGGGUUGGUGCACUAAUUGUAAGUGUAUCUUGUGUUUUUAAUGUUCAUUUAAUAAAAAAUUAAAAAAAAUAUUUUAUUUCUUUCCAAUCGAUCCACAGACCGGUACCGGGCCGCGGCCCAGUGGUUGGGGACCACUGCCUUAGAGCGUAGGUUGGAAGUGUAACU